CCGUCGCCGCGGCCUCCUCGUCUCCCAGAGCCGGGCUAGGAAGGGACGGGGGUGGGCUUGACACGAGCCAUGGAUCUAGGGCCGGUGACCAUCUGCGGGGAGGUGACCGUCUUACACGGGGGUUUCCUGCUGGCCUCUCGGCUCUGCCACCCGAAGCCGUUGUCCGAGCUGGCCAAGGCCGACUGGCCGGUGGUGGCCAAGCCCAUUGUGGAUGCCCUGGAGGAGGUCUGCUUCUCCUGCUCCGGUUACCCGCCCCAGCCGGAGGCUUGGAAGGAGAAAGCCGCCGUCAUCCUCUGGUCGAAAGUCCUCCUCUCCGGGGCCUCGUCCUCCAUCAACCAGAGAUGGAAGGACGACCCCUUCUUCUCUGUCAGCAACAUGAUCCCGGAGGUCAACCGCACCGUCCUUUAUGAGCUCUUCAAGACCAUCAACGCGCCCCGGCUUUUCGCCCGACUCCUGCUGGCGCUGCCGGAUCCGGUUUGCCGAGGGGAGGCGGAGAUCUUCGUCGACUACGUGGCCAACGAGACCUCCCCGCUCGACGUGUCUUUCUUCUUGAACGUUUGGUGGGAGAUUAUGAAGCACAAACCGGGGGAGGAAGACAGGCUGACGUCCUCUUUCCACACCAUCUGCCACCAGUAUCUCUCGGAUCCGGUAGAAACGGGCCAGCCUCCGAAGAGAUUCAAGAGCGACCCUCCUCCGUUGGCAGGUUCCAACUCCGUAGCCGUCGGCGUCCUCCCGGUUUUGACGGAGGGCUUGAAGCGGAUCAAGGAGAGCGUCGUCGCGGCCAAAAUGAAGUGCCACGCCCUCGCCAAUCUGCUGGAGGUGUUCUCCGUUUCGGUCGCCGCUGAGGGUGAGACCGAGGAGCUCCCUGUCCAGAUUUAUCUGGACAAGAUCACCUCUGUCGUGACCUUGUGGAGCAGCGAUUGCGAGAAUCCCUACAGCGAGAAGAGAUUAGACGAGAAGGUGAGGGCAGCCGAGCGAAGCAUGAGCACGCUUGACGCAGCGAAGGGGUCUAGCGGAUCGUCUCUCGUCGACUUAGGCUUUCUUCAUGCCUUGCUGGAGGAAUGGUCUCCGGACCUCCAGGUUCUCCUUAAGGAUCCUCAGCAGAUCUGUUACGAAAGCUACCGGCUUCUGGACCGCCUGGCGUCGCUGGAGAAAAAGUUGGCGAACUGCGCCAGAUCAGACGAGGUUCAGAAGAAAAAGGUGUUUGAAUUGUCCGAGUUUGCGGCGAACUUCUUGAGGAAGAUCGGCCCCGAGUCCUUGAGCAAGAUCUCCAGCGGGGACUUGGUGGCGUCGGUGGCCAUGGUGAUCAUCGAUAAGAGGAUGGACCGGCACGCGGAGGUAUGUUCCGUAUUUGCCUCGGAGAAGGACUGGGGGCUCAGCCCGGAGUGGGUUGCGUGCCUGGACAGGAACAAAGCCCUCUUCCGGACACCAGCCCUGGUCUUGAAAUUGAUGGAGACCGCCGUGAGUUGUGGCCAUUCAAACCUCGAGCAGCAGACCAGGGCGGCCAAGAUCAUCCUCGAGUGCUAUGCUGAGCUCUCUCCGGCCGAUCAGAACCAGGUCAUUGCGGGCGUCCUGGCCAGCUGGGGCGGGCAGGGGCUUUCGGGGACGUCGGCGGCCUUCUCGGAGGGCUUCCCGGAGGAACUCAACGUGGCCUUCAACCAGAUCAUCCAGAGCGCCUCCGGGGAAGGCUUCAAGAAAGCCGUGGCUUCCGUCUCCCGGUUGGUGGUCCUCAACCCUGAAUCCACCAUCAAGAAGAUUAAUAACUUAGCUGUAGCCAAUUUAGGCACCCACCAGUUCCUGGCGGAGAUCCUGUGCUCUUUCCCGGCUCUGGACUUCCAAGAACCUCCAGAUCUGUCCGGUGCGUCCGUCAGCUUGGUCAUGAGAUGCUUGAAGGAGACGGUUUGGGACCGUCUUUCCUCCGCCAAGGAGAAGGAGCAGUUCUUAGAGUUUCUGGUUUAUCUCAUGCAACCGAGCGAGGCCCGCCCUCUUCUCCGUCCGGCCGAGGUGACCCAAAACCUCGUCCUUCCUUUCCUGAAGUCCGACUCUCCAGCGGUCGAGUUUUGCUUGCAGAUCCUUGACAAAGCGUUGAGAGUGCCUGACGAGCAGGACUGGGUCCAAGCCUGCCACCCCUUUCCGCUCCUCUUCUCCCUCUGCAAGAUUCUGGACGGCUUCACACGCUACUGGAACGAACCCCAGGGCCGGCGCCCCUACUCCUUAGAAGCCAAAGACUUGGUGGCAAGCAACGUGGCGCAACUUUGCGAGGCCCUGUUGGUCCAGAAGGACUCCCUCUCUCCGGAACUGUGGACCCAAUCCGUCUCUUGGCUUCACAGGAAGGCCAGAGCUUUGGACUGGACCGUCGGCCUCCGCCUGAAGGACAUCUACGGGGAACACUUCAAGAACGAAGUCCCGGCCACCCUUUUCGAGGUCUGCAAGCUGGCAGAGGAGGAGUGGACCUCCUGUCCCGACGCAAGUUACGGGCCAGGCAGUGGCCUCCUGGCGUGGAUGGAAUGCUGCUGCGUCUCCACGGCCUUGAGGGAGCAGAUGCUGGUGCUGCUGACGGUCAACGUGGACAACCCCGAGGAAGUGAACCUUUUCAGCAAAGGGUUCCUGGUGGCCCUCGUCCAGGUCUUUCCGUGGUGCAGCCAAAGCGAGUGGCGAAGGCUCGUCCACGUGGUCAAGAGCCUUCUGGAACGAGAAGUCCUCUACGUGCCUUACUCUCUGGAGUACGUCCACCACCUGCCCCUGUUGAACUUCCGGCCGUUCGCCUACCACCUCCAGUUCUCCGUGCUGAUGUUGAGGGCCUUCCAGUUCCUGUGCGGGGCCAGCGGGGCCACGUGGCUCCCCGGGGAGGCGUGGAAGCACGUGUCGAAGCUCUACUGCCUGGGCGUGUCCGAUUUGCUGGGCUCGGUCAAGGGCAUCGCCCGGGGCCAGUGGCCCUCGGUGGAAGUGAAGAGCGUGGCCCGGGAGCUGUCCUUUGUUUACAUCCAGCUAUUCUGCCACGUGCUCCACGUGGCGGCCAUGUUGCCGGAGGAAGGCCCCGGCGAGGCCCUCCUGCUGCUGUCCCUGGAGGUCCUCUCGCAGUACGAGGCGCUCCACGACGCCGACGAGUCUCUUGGCAGCGCCUUGCGGAAGGCCAACGAGCGGCACUUCCUGGAGUCCAUCGCUGAGAACGUCCCCAACAAGCAGUUGCGUACCAUGCUCCUGCAGAAGCUCCGGAAGCUGUGACCGCCGCACGCCGCGCUCGCUCGGAAAUAAAGUGGGCCGGUGGGUUUCGAUCGGGACCCGAGAGGCGUUUUCCGGAACUGGGGACUGGGACUCGGUGAGGAAGUGGGGAGAGCCCACGAGACCAAUUCGGUGGGGAAUUGGGAAGAUCUAUAAUAAACCUUUAUAUCUUUU